AUGGCCUACGGGACGUACCUGCACCGUCAGGCCGCUGCUGAGCGAGACUCGCAAGUCGACCAUGUCACGUCGUGGAUGUCGGACCGCGACCUGUACCAACUUUGCCUUGUCGUUCUUUCGGUGCUGCUGCCUCCUGCGGCAGUGUUCCUACAGCGUGGAGCUGGCGGCGACCUGCUUGCGAGCUGCUUGCUCACGUUCCUCGGCUUCUUGCCAGGCCUCGUGCACGCUCUCUACAUAACCUUCAAAUACGAAUCUGCUAUCGUCUACAACCCGGAGCACUACGCCCACUCGACGCUCGAAGAAGCCUCGCACGCUCCGCUCACAAUGGACGAGAUUCUUCGUGCCGCCAGCGACGGGGACCGGCGAGAGAAGGAGCGCAUCAGGCGUGAGAAGGGAGGUGCGGAGGCUUCCGACCUUUCGAGCGACGAAGGUGUCGGCAAGAGCCGGUACGGCUUGACGAGGACGCCCUCCUACCGCUCAACCGCAACUGGUCCGCCCGCUUACGACGCGCAUGGCCCGUCAGACUCGGAGGACGACUCGGCGAGGUACAACCGGUAUGCGUCGAUGAGCGAGAAGUCGAUGGGCAAGAGGCGGGCGCGGUCGAGCUCGAGGCGCCGGGGCGAGGACUGGGUGUAG